CCUCCAUUUUUUUUUACAUUUCGGCAAGUGGGAUGAUGAAGCUGUGUCAGCUGUUUUGAUCUGGUUACGUAACACCACUCCUUCCUCAUCCUUGCAUGUAGCGUGAGUGAAUUAUCACUUUCUGACUUGAUCCUCUCGCUAUGAACAACCACCCAUCAUGCCUGCUAAGAGAAAAUUAAGCACAAGAUCGUACGAUGAGAAGUACGAAAUUAUCAAGUUUGUCGACGAAAACCCAAAUAUGAAGAGGAAAGAUGUCGCACUUAAGUUUAACUUAAAGCCAAACACACCGUCAGAUAUUCUAAAGUGCAAAGAGAAAAUUAUCGAGGCAGUGGAAACCCCGAAGGAUGCCCGAAAAGGGAACUUAAAGAGAAGGAAGACAAUAACAUUUGAUGAUGUUGAUGCCGCACUUCUCUUAUGGUUUCGCCAAAAGGAAUCUCAGCCAGACUUGCGCUUGGAUGGGGAAAUGCUUCUCACUAAGGCCAAGCAUUUUGCAGAACAAUUUGGGCAUGACGCUCCUCUUACGAUGAGCUGGGUGGAACGUUUCAAGAAACGGCAUGGUAUUGGACGCAUCAGUAAGGCAGGGGAGGCUGCUGGAGUGAAUGAAAAACUUGUGAGUGAAUGGAAGGAGGGAGGACUCAAGGAUAUUUUGACUCGCUUUGCCCCUGCUGACAUCUACAAUGCUGAUGAAACAGGCAUCUUCUGGCAGAUGUUGCCGGAAAAAUCACUAGGAUUCACUGGUACGUCUUACCAUGGCAGCAAGCAGUCUAAAACACGUAUCACCGCCCUUGUGUGUGCCAAUAUGGACGGAAGUGAUAAGAUGCCGUUGUUAGUAAUAGGAAAGAGCAAGAGGCCUCGAGCAUUCAAAAAUGUCAAAACACUACCAGUCGAAUAUGAGGCAAACAAGAAAGCAUGGAUGAACAGCAGUCUCUUUGAAAGUUGGCUGCGAAAACUUGACAAGAUGGGAAGGCAGAGCAGGAAGAUUGCCAUGGUUGUUGACAACUGCCCGGCCCACCCUAACAUCACACUGGAAAAUAUUGAACUUGUGUUUCUGCCCCCCAACACAACCAGUGUGACACAGCCAAUGGAUGGAGGAAUCAUCCGGAAUCUGAAACUCCACUAUCGACAUAUCCUGGCGUCACGACGACUCGCGGCAGCAGAAAUGAACCCGCCAUUUAAAUGGGAUCUCCUUGACGCAAUUCUUGCCUUGAAAGCUGCCUGGGCUAAGGUGACCCCCGCCACAAUCGCAAACAUCUACCAAAGCGUGGGAUUUGUGCGUUUGGAUGUUGAGGAUGGUGAUCAGGUCUCGGAUGAUGAAGCUCCCCAUGAACGUGCCCAUGAGGAUCCGGCCCAUGAAGCUCCCCAUGAAGCUACCCAUGAGGAUCCGGCCCAUGAAGCUCCCAUCCCAUUCCCAAUCCACGUGAGACUAACAGGGAGUUCAGGAACAUCUUGGAUCGCCUAA